AUGAAUCACCGAUUAGCCUCUCAACUUCCUCAUCUGAUUCGUUUCAAUUUUCCUCCACUCAAGUAUGCCUUUGCGUAUGGUUCAGCGGUGUUCAAGCAAAAAGGAAAUGAAAAAUUACAUGAUGAUUUUGAUAAGAUUUUGAUGAGUCAUUCAACAACGUUAAAAGAAGAAGGAACUUCCGAAGUUGUGAUGGAAACACCACCACCAUCAGUAUUGAAGAUGCAUGAUCGGAAAAAGUUAAUGGUCGAUAUGGUGUUUGUAGUUUCAGAUUCUUAUGAAUGGCAUAAACAAAAUUUAUUGCUGAAUCCUGAACAUUAUUCGUGGUUCAUGAGAGUGAUGGGGCCUAAAGUGAUUUCACUAUUACAAGAACGAUUCGGUGCAAAAAUUUACUAUAACACAAUGGUUGAAUUGAAAGAGAGCCAUAGUGUAACAUCUCCAUAUUUAUUUAAGUAUGGUGUUAUUAAGGCUCAAGAUCUGAUUGAUGAUUUAAAUCAUUGGGAGACUCUUUAUGUUUCUGGAAGGUUGCAAAAACCUACCUUUGAAAUUGAUGUGACCAAUCCGUUGACCAGGACCCAAAAAACCUCGCAACAAACACCUCCACCUGGAACUUCAACUAACUCUACAUUGACACAAACACCUCCAUACACUCUACAAAAGCCAAUUGAUUGGCAUGGUGAAAUUUUAAAAGCACAAGAAAUCAAUUUAGAACAUGCAUUAUUUGUCUCUUUGAGAAUGAUGAUCAAUGAUUUAAAGAUAACCAAUGCCAUUUCACCAGAGAGUGGUGAUGUACAAUACAUCAAAAUUAAUUUAUUCGAUUUAUUUGUGAGAAUUGCUUCAAUCUCAUAUCAGGGAGAUGUUCGAAUGAAAAUUAAGGGAGCAGAAAAUGUAAAUAAGGUAUUUAACAUUGUCACCACCAAUUACGAUCUGUUCAUCAAACUGUACAAACCCAUUUUGGACAAGAAUGGCAUGGAAAUCAAGAAGGAAGCACAUAAGUCAAGCAUCAAUACCAUGUCGACAACUCCAAGUUAUUAUGACUUCAUUGAAAUUUCUAACGAGCAAAUCAAGAACGUCAUUGAAAAAAGACCCCUACCUUCUGCCAUGACCAAAUUCAUUCAAUCCAAACAAACUCCUUCAACAUCCUCAACAAUGAUCACUAAUGCACAAUUCGAGAAUGCAAUCUCUCAAAUAGUCUCUCGAUCCAGCACUUCUCAAACUCUCAAGGGUAUUCUUUCUGCAGGUUUCACAAAGAGUGUCAUGUAUGUUUGGGAGAAGAUCAAGAAAGGAAUGCAAAAGCAUUAA